GUCAUCAUUAUCACUCAAAAUUGUAGAACGCACGCAUCGCGCGUGCCUCCAACCCCCCUCUCGUCUUCACGCAAAGCAGGCAAGGGAAGCCCUAGGGGCUCUUUCUCUGCGCAGAGCACGGCCGGCCGGCCACUGCCGCCGUCGCUCUGCUGUCACUACCGCGCCACUGUUUGGAUCUCUCUCUCACGCGCAUGACUGUGUGUGUUUCUGUCUCUGCCGCUGUCUACCAGAACCGCAGGUAUCCUCUUUCGUGCACCAUCGUCUGUGGCUGCUGGGUGCCAUUGCCUGUCGCAGCGACCACCGGUGCUACCCUGCUGUUGCCUGCCCCGAAGCCACCAGCACCUGACAGCCACGAGUCCACGGCUCUCUGUCCGCCAUAGCCGAACAGAUGUUAGACAAUUGCUCAAUGGGAACUGUUUGUGAUAAUGAUGCUCUUGGACAAAGGGGAAAUGUUAAGAGAGUCGUAUUAUCAUUAAUCAAGCCAUCAUAUACCCUAGGACUAGGUUUGAAGAAAGUACGACCUGAAAAUCGUGGAAGAUUAUGCUAUCUUCUAUCCAGACUUGUGGGACAACAUAAUUGGACUGAAGCGAGCGGUGUCCUGAGCUUGCUGUUGAAAGGAACCUGCAAAGACAACUCUCCUAUGCAAAAUAGGAUGAAAUACCGGGUCACAAUGGAGCUUCUGAAGCACAUAGAAGGCAGUGAAAUUAAGCCAACAAAAAUCAAGCACAUCUAUGAGAUUUGGAUGAGAAAGAUUGGGUCAAUGAAAAAUUGGCCAGUUAAGGAUAGAUUUGCUGUUCAAUUGGAGUUCAUAAUUUUCUGCCUUACUGAAGGGAAUGUUGGGGAAGCACAUCAGGCCGCCCUAUGCCUCAUGCAAGAAUGCGACUUUGGGAAUGAUCCAAUAGGAAAUAUGGUUUUGGGCUUAACAUUUUAUCAGCUCUGGUAUUCCAAUAUCCCAGAAGAGAUGCAGCUGAGAAAUUCUGAAGAAUCUUGUACCCCCAUGCACUUGAACAUGUCGGGGACAGGAUACAGUGAUCCGGCCGAAAUUUCAGAGGGGUGUGAUGCAGUGGGUUUUCAUGAGGCUGAUCCUCCACGUCAAUGUGAUUCCGACAGCUCUGUUAUGAAUAAUAAAGAAAUUUCUAUGGGUCCUGAUGUCAACUGGCCUAGAGUUGUUUCAGUAAACGUUGAUGUUAACCUAAAUAGAGAAGAACCCCACCAAACUGCUCAUAUGCAAGAUUUCUAUGCAAACUCUGCUGAAAAUUCUGAACAUGAAAUGGCCUCCUCUGAUCAUGGUGAUAAUAUGGUGUAUGCUUCCAUGUUUUCUGGCUGUGGAAAAUGGGAUCCAUGGUUGGUGCCUUUGCGAUUUCCGCACUCAAUUGAGAAUUUUGAGGAUUUCAUCAAUUUGCACAGGGGAAUGCUUACUGACAAUUAUAGGAGUGCAGUGAAGUAUUUUCGACUUGCUCUCUACUCAACAAAUCCAGUAUUGGCAGCAUUGCUUCCUUUGGUACAGUUGUUGCUGGUUGCAGGUCAAGUUAAGGAGGCCUUAAAUGAGCUUGAGAGGUUCUGUUGCAAUUCAAGCAUCGCACUUCCCCUUAGAUUAAGGGCUGGUAUUUUGGAGCAUUCUGAUCAUAACAACUGCACAAUGCUUUCAACUUGCUAUGAAGAUAUCUUAAAGAAAGACCCAACUUGUAGCGACUCUUUGGGCAGACUUGUAAGCAUGCAUCGAAAUGGGGUUUACAGUCCUGAUUCACUGUUGGAAAUGAUAUCUUUGCAUUUGGAAGCCACCUUUGCCGAAUACAACACAUGGAGAGAGUUUGCUUCAUGCUUCCUUAAGCUUUCUCAAUGUGAAGAAGAUCGAAUGUCAACCUGUUUAAAUGGAAAUGGAUGUGGACUUGGGCAAAGUUGCAUUGAUUUUUUCAAGAAAGUGUUUGUAGAGGGCCAAUCAGGAAAGACAUGGAGGCUUCGCUGCAUAUGGUGGAUGAAACGUCACUUCAGUAAGGUGAUGCUUGCAUCAGAAAUUGCAGCAGGUAACUUGGAGCUCUUGGCUUACAAGGCAGCGUGUGCUUCCCAUAUCUAUGGACCUGAGUUUGGGUAUGUGGUAGAGGCUGGCGCUUGCUUGGGCAAAGCGGACGGGGACUUGCUCCUCUUCUUACAGAAGCACAUCCACAAUGCCAUUGGUAUUCGUGUUCUUGUAGAAUCACAUGUAUAAAUUUAUUAAAAUACUUCUGUGCAUAAAUCAUUAUAACUAAACUUAUAUUUUAAUUUAGCAUUAGUAGAAUCUUAAAACAUCUUGGAGUACAAGUCGAGGAAGCCCAACUUAGUCGCAGAAAGCUGAUCUUGCAACUAUUAGUGGUACACCCUGAGGCACCUUGAUCAUGAUGGAUCAAAUCAAGGCGAGGUUAGGAGUCUAAUCCUCUUUCCAAUGCUAUGAUGAAGUAGGCCAAAGAUGAUAGUGUUUCGACUGAAGGAUGAAUUUUUAAAAACUUGGAAAAAUAGAUUCCUAUAUAUUUUCCUUUAUAUUUUU